UGUGCACUGUGUGGGAAAGUUAGGUUUGUGUGUGGCUUUGAUUUGCGGGAAAAGAGCGCAGAACACCCCUCACCUACACGAAGAACUGGAUUUACAAUAAUGAUCACUGGAGUUUUUGGAGCCACUGGAAUUUGAAAUUGACAUUGCUUGACUACUGGGAACUGACUGAACACUUUAGUCAAGCACUUUUGGGGCAGUGAAGAAUUUAACUGGUCCAGGGAACACUGUUCAGAUUGCAACAUGAGCAGGUCAACCCUUGCAACCAUUACGUUUGCUUUAUUGCUAGUCUGUGCUGAUGGAGCAAAAGAAAAUGGCAAAAAGAACAAAAAGCCAAAACAGAUUGUACCGUUUAUAAAUUGUGACAUCCGGGCAGGGAAGAUCAGUAUCCCAGAAUUCAUGGCGAGGUGUCCUGCAGGUUGUCAGGAGAUGAAACAGCCUGUGUACGGCACGGAUAUCUAUGCCUCCAUUUCCAGUGUGUGUAACGCUGCUCUUCACAGUGGUGUAAUGACUAAUGCUGGAGGUAAGAUCCUUGUGAAGAAGGUCGCUGGACAGGCCUCUUACAGAGGCAGUUUCUCCAAUGGCAUCCGAUCCAUGUCUCUUCCUAAGUGGCGAGAGUCAUUCAUCGUGUCUGCUGGUAAAGCAAAGAAAGGAGUGACCUACCCAUCAAUCCUUGAAUUUCUACCUUCAACGUCUGAAGUUGUAAGAACAGGACAAAAAGAAGUCAAGGCCUCUCCAGCAACAACUACCCAUCAAACCACAACGACUCUAGAGCCAACGACUACAACUCCUGAACCCACAACCACCACACCCAAACCAACGACCACCACCACCAUUCAGCCACCUACCACGACAACUAUUACCACUGUUAAACCCCGUGCAGCCGCACACAAAGUCAGAGAAGCAGGUAGCAAUCACCCACUCUAUGCCUCUCUAAUCACAGCUGCAAGUUCAAGGCAGGCCCAGAAUGCACAAGGAAAGGGGCCAACACCAGCUUAUAACCGUGUGAACCAGCCCCCUCAAGACAGACCCCGACAAGCUGGGCAAGCCAACCCCACUUUCACUAGAAGGGACUGGCACCACAUAUACCAAAGGCCAGACUGGCAGACAGGACAGAUAAGGCAGACAGAUAUUAGUGCUGUUGUACCAGAUACUGGCUAUACCUGGACUGAAGUAGGAGGUGAUGGCACCCCAGUAGAGACUGUCGAUGCCUGGAAGCCUGAUGUAAAGCCCUUUGACACAGGCUUUGGUGUCAAAGAACAGGAUUCAGUCCCCAAAUUUCAAGAACCCUUUUCUCAGGGAGAUCCAAAUUGCAAAGUGGACAUUGUGUUCCUAAUGGAUGGGAGCUGGAGCAUAGGAAAGCGCCGCUUUAAAAUCCAAAAAGAAUUCCUGGCUGAUAUUUCCCAAGCACUUGAUGUUGGAAUGGCCGGUCCUAUGCUGGGCAUUAUUCAAUUCGGCAAUAAUCCAGUCACAGAAUUCAACCUGAAGACCUACUCCAGUUCCAGUGACCUGAAGCCUGUAAUAGAGAAGAUUGUCCAGAAGGGGGGACUCUCCAAUGUCGGAAAGGCCUUGUCCUAUACCAACAAACACUUCUUCAGUGAUGCCAGUGGCAAUCGAGGGGGCUCUCCCAAUGUUGCCGUGGUGCUGGUGGAUGGCUGGCCCACUGACAAGGUGGAGGAGGCCUCGCGUCUGGCCAGGGAAUCAGGAAUCAACAUCUUCUUCAUCACCAUUGAAGGCCCAGAUGAGAGCGAGAAGCAAAAUAUUGUGGAGGCAAACUUCGCAGACAAGGCUGUUUGCAGGACGAAUGGUUUCUUCUCUAUGAGUGUGCCCAGCUGGUUCGCGCUGCGCAAGGCAGUUCAGCCCCUAGUGAAGCGGGUCUGUGAUACAGACCGGCUCGUAUGCAGCAAGACCUGCCUCAAUGCAGCUGACAUUGCCUUCGUCAUUGACGGCUCCAGCAGUGUGGGCACGGGCAACUUCCGUACUGUGCUGCAGUUUGUGGCCAACAUAACCAAGGAGUUUGAAAUCUCAGAUACAGACACACGUGUGGGUGCCGUGCAGUACACUUAUGAGCAACGGCUGGAGUUUGCCUUCAGCCAGUACAACAGCAAACCAGAAUUGCUCAAUGCCAUCAAGCGCAUUAACUACUGGAGUGGAGGCACCAGCACGGGGGCAGCAAUCACCUACGCCUCGGAGCAGCUCUUCAGCAAAUCCAAGCCCAGCAAGCGCAAGAUCAUGAUCGUCAUCACAGACGGGCGUUCCUAUGACGACGUCCAGGCACCAGCACUGGCCGUUCAUCGCAACGGUGUGAUCGCAUACUCGAUUGGCAUUGCCUGGGCUGCCCAGGAGGAGCUGGAAUACAUUGCUACUGACCCCGAUAAAGAACAUUCCUUCUUCGUGGAUGAGUUUGACAGCCUCUACAAGUUUGUGCCCAAAAUCAUACACAACAUCUGUCAGGAAUUCAAUUCACAGCCACAUAACUGAACAACCCAAAACUGAGCAAGUUGCUGCGGCUACCUUUUGUUUUAUUUUGGUUUCUCAUUACAGAAAAAAAGUUAUAAAUUUAAUUCGUUAAAUUGGAGCUUAUAAUAUAAAAUGUCCAAAGGUAAUUCUACAGAAGCUGGCUGGCGAUAUUGACUAAGAUGAAUUAAAUUGAAUAACUAGCUGUGAAGUUUAGAGCAAUGUGGUUGUUUAUUUUCCAUGCAGCCAUCGUGGUUACAAUUAAUUUUGCCACAGGUAUGAUAAAAUAAUAUUUCAGGAUUUUGACCAUUGUAAUCAACAAACUAAUGUGGAUAGGGUGUAUUGAGGUACUCGUUUGAUAUGAAAGUUGACUGGCAGCUCCCCUGUGCAAUAACAACAUUUAAUUUGUUUGUAACCAUGGUAACUACAAACUCAUUAUAGAAUUCUAAAUGUCUGUGAAUCUGUUGUAUUUGCCAGUGAGAUCAAUUAAAAAAAUUCACGCAUGGAAGUGCACUUUCCCCAAAGGGCAUUCGAUAUAAUACAGACCUACUUUUUAUGUACACUAGUAUUAAAGUUAAGAGCAUUGUUAGUAAAGCAUUACUUCAGAUUCAGAAUUUAAAAAAGCACUUACUAAUAUAACUAUUAAUAACAUUUUAAAACCCUUGGAUUUAGUUUGUAUCAUAAAGUGCCAAUGUUUUAAAGACUUUUAAACAUAAUUUAAGUGUACAAUUUCAGUCAGGUUUCAGGCAACAAUGGUUUUUAUGACAAACCAAUGAAUACAGUUGUCUUAUUAUUCAUUUUGUCUUUUUGGUACCUAUAUCCACGUCACAAAAGAUCACAGCGGCAAGGUCACUCAUGGGCUUUCUGGCCACUCUAUAUACAGAAAAUAAUAAUAAUGAAACAGUAUAUCUUAAUGUUACAUUAUUUGAAUAUGAUACAUACUAUCUAAUUCAAACAAUCUGAGACAAAGACAUUUAUAUGGCUGUAUCAUAUCAAUAUCAGGGUCUACCAAGUAUUAUGUAAAUACAGUAUAUCAAGAUUGGCUACUUUAAUGAGCUGCUGUUUUAAGAAGGAGGUUAAUCCUUUGGGUAGACUUCAAAGCUCAAGCAUAUUUCCUGGCAGUGCUACAUCAGAAUUAUAAUACAAGUAUACAGACAUGAUGCACCAUGCAAGUCAGUACAUCAUACAGUAAGUAAAGCUAUAUACACUGUAAUACAGUUUACACAAGUACUGAAAUAUAUAGGUUAACAUUAUUUUCAUACACCACUUACUGAAACGCAUUCACGCACACUAAAAUGCUACAGCCUGUUGGCCAUAUUCAUGGCGUCAUCUUGAAAUGGCCACUUUAUACGAAGCAGGACAAACCCAAAACUAAAACACAAAAGUAGCAAUGACAUGACACGGACAACCCAAUAACUUACUUAAGCAUGUUAAAGGUCAAUGAAAUCACUUAGGAUCUGGUUGAUACAAAUACCCAAACAUGAAAGACCACAUGUGCAUUUUCAACCAGCAAUUUGAGUUCUCAAAAAUUAGCUUUUCACAAUAGGGUGUAUGGGUUAGAAAGUGAAUGUAUUCUAGCUCCUACAGUUCGUGUAGUCAAUGAAUUUCAGUGUGUAAUCCAUGCAUUUUGCUAUAUAAUGAUCUCAGUCAGUAUAUAUUGUACAUUUGUCACAUGUAUUUUAGUAUAUUAUGUAUCUGGCUACACUACUGUAUGAUGUACUGUAUGUGAUUAGCAGAACUAAUGAUAUCCUUACCUAUUCCUAAUACAGUAUUAGGAAGAAAUGCUACUGUAAAAUGAUUUAAAGAUUUUAAAUGUGUGUCUGCACAUAUCAUUAGGGUAAAACUAAAGAAAACAGUAUUUUAAGUGUUACAUUAAAGCAACCAGUUCCAUCAACUUAAUGGUCAAGAUGACACCCAAAUCAAGUUAUACAUGACUGUAGUAUACAUAUUUAAACAUUAAUGACUGGAUUAUCAAUGACUUGUGCUAAUUUGGGUCUGUGAACCAGCCAUAAAAGUUCUUAAAAACGAGAAUGGGACUAAGUAAAUGUCAAAUACGUUUUUAUUUAUCACGUUCAGUACUCUAAUCAUGUGACAUAAAAUGUAUUUUUUUAAAAAUCAAAAAAAACCAUUUUAAAGUAUAUUGUAUGGCAUGUUUCAAAAUACUGUUUUUGUAUGCAGCUUUAGAUUUGAAAAAAAAAACAAAAACGCUUUUUCGUUACAGUUAGAGAAUGUAUCUGCUGACACAAGUGGUACACACUAUGCAGUUCAAUGCACUGUAUUUGAGUAAAAAAAAUAUGAUGGUGCUGUUAUAAAAUAUUAUCAAAUGUUAACAGGUCCAAGGGACACAACUUCUGUUCCAAGUGCCUUACAUAGCAUCCCCAUUCAUUAAAUGUGGGUAAUUUUGCAUCUAUAUACUCCUGUUUGCUAUGUAAGACUGUAACCAUAAAACCCUUUUCUCUGCAGGCUACCAAAGCAUACAGACCCCUUUGUAAGGGGGAAAGGGGGCAUGUUUCCUAUGCAUAAGACAGCUUCCUUUUAAGGGCAACGUAAUUUAAGUGUAUAUCAUUUUGCCAAAUAAGUGUUAAUAAUCCUUUCAUUUUUCGACUUGUAUAUUUGUUAAUAUUGGAAAAAAGCCUCCUAUGUAACAUGUAUGUAUUUUUGUGUUAUUACAUUAUAAAAAGCUACAAACUUUUGCAAUAAAAAUGC